AUGGAACAGAGUGACUACGAUUCAGCAAUUGGUGACGCGGCGAGUAUAGGCGACGAAACAGACACACAAUCACUGGCGAGCUCUGCUUAUGACUUCCCGAUCGAGAACGGCCGGGAAUACCACAAGUACCACCCAAGUGCCUUCUAUCCUUUCCCCAACGAUGACCAUGAACAGGACCGAUUGGACAGAUUGCAUCACAGCUACAAGCUUCUCAGGAACGCACUGCAUUCUGCUCCGAUUGAGCCGACAAACGUCCUGGACGUCGGCACGGGUACAGGUAUUUGGGCUGUGGAGAUGGCGGAUCACUACCCACAGGCCAUUAUCACGGGGGUUGACUUGAGUCCUAUCCAACCCGAAUAUGCACCACCCAACUGUAACUUUGAGCUUUUCGAUCACCGAGAUCCCUGGAGCUUUCCACGCAAAUUUGACUUGGUUUACGCGCGCGAUUUGCUUGGCUCAAUUCCAGACCCAGAAGCAUUCUUCCAACAGGCUUACCAGAGCCUUGCCCCUGGGGGUUGGAUCGAAAUCCAGGAUACUACUCCGAUAACAACCGACGAUAAUUCGAUGCCACAAGGGUGUGCCUAUCGUCAAUGGAUUGAUAGUUUUUGCGAAGCAUUAAGCAAAAUCCGACGCGAUGCCUACCUCGCAGAGAAGUGCGAAGACAUCUUACGGAGGAUUGGAUUUAUUGACGUGCGUGUGACAAAGAAGAAAUUGCCUUGCAACGGAUGGGCGAAAGACAAGAAGCUUAAAGAGCUCGGUGUAUUCAACAACGGAAUCAUUCUUGAUGGUUUAGAGGCGCUGUCCUUCCGGUUGUUUACCUAUGUUCUGGGAUGGUCCCCGGAACAAUUACAAGUCUUUUUGGCGGAGGUCAGAAAGGACGUUAAGAAUAUUAGUAUUCACGCAUACACCACGAUGUAA